AUGACCGAUUGCAAGCCUGGCACCACACCUGUUGAUUUGAACCUGAAGCUCUCUGCUGAUGGACCGCCUGUGGAGAAGUCCACUGAUUUCCGAAGUCUAGCAAGGGCACUUCAGUAUCUCACCUUCAACAGGCCAAAUAUUGCCUAUGCUGUCCAACAGGCUGAUUUGGUUGUUUACUCUGAUGCUGAUUGGGCUGGUUGUCCUAAUACGCGCAAGUCCACCUCGGGCUAUGCUGUGUUCCCUGGCGACAAUCUGGUGUCUUGGUCCUUCAAGCGUUAA